AUGUGCGACCAAACAGCCGCCUCCACGCAAAGCAUAGCCGACUACUUGGCACAGUUACUCAAAGAUAGGAAACAGCUAGCCGCCUUCCCCAAUGUGUUUAUUCACGUAGAGCGUCUUUUGGAUGAAGGACUGAAACGUCGAGGUUUUCAGCAGUCGGGAGCUGAAAUCGUUCUAACGUGUUCCUGCUGCCUUUUCAGCCUGCGACUGGUUUCAGCCGUCGCAAAGGGUGGAAACCUGUCGAGCGGCCGGCACGGUUUAGCAGGAGAACAGCAGUGCCAGCAGGAGUUUUGGGCGUUUUCAGGAAAACUCCUGCUGAAAUUUUGUUAG